AUGUUCCUCUCUCACUUUGCACCCCUUCUUGUCUUCACGCUCGGAAUUCGGGCGCAGGACACGUCUAUCGCAACUGUGGAGAAGGCUUUCCUCAACGCGCAUAUUCCUGCGGACCUCAGCGUUGCCUUCAAGCCACACGCUUUGCUAGAGGUCUCACUUCCUCAGGCCACCGGCCCGCCCAUCGUCCUACAUGCAGGCAUCCAAGUUCCCCGAAACGACACCGCGGGACCUCCAACCUUCCAUGUUGACGGAGAUGUGGGAAAAGGACCGUUCGUCGUCGCCGCAGUCGACCCUGACGCUCCAACACCGCAAACACCAACUUCUGCCCAGAUCCGUCAUUUCCUUGGAGGUAAUUUUGUCAACGAGGGAGGGCUUCUCGUCAAUAAAACUCCUGCUAUUUCCGAGUUUCGCCAGCCUACGCCUCCUGCUGGAAGUGAUGCGCAUCGCUAUGUCUUCCUGGUCUUCCGCCAAUCCAGCGGCUUCGCCACUCAGACAUUUGUGAACGCAACAACGCCAGUCUCGUUGUUCAAUAUUAGCUUGUUUGCGGAGGAGGUGCGUGCGUUAAAGAUUGAUAUGUAA